AAAGAAAACUUUUGCACUCAACAGCUCAUUAAUUUAACUUAAUUACAAUUAAGCAUUAAUGUCAAUGAGUUUUAACAUAAGCAAACUGUGAAACGCUGACCCAAUAACUAUGACAUAAAUUUAGAUAAAAUAUUAAUAUUUGUACAGCUGCUUAAAACCAAAUAGUUUUUAGCGCCAGGCACAGCAAAUUUUGGCUAAAAGCGCAUGCCAAAAUUUUACUAUAAAAGGGGCAGCCUACGCAACAGAUAGCAUUGAAAAUUUCUAAGAAAUCAACUCAUUUAACAUGCUAUCCAACAAGUUCCUAAUCAUGAGCUUUGCGCUCUUUGCUGUGAUCAUUGCGGUGUCUGCCGAAAGCAGCGAGGAGAAAAUCAGCGACCGUCGUUUCCGCUGGGAAGGAUCCAACGAUCAGCAGGAGGAGGCUGACGAGGAAGACGGUGCAGAUAUUGAAGCUGAUGAAGAUGACGAUGACGAUGAUGCGGCACAAGAUGAUGAUACAGAUGAUGAUGAUGAGAUUGUAUUGGAAGAAAUUGCUGAUCAGUCCGGCAACGACAGCUCACAGGAUGAUGCAUAAAUCAUAUUACAUACAAAUAUUUUUAAAUGUUUUCGUUAACUGUUAUGCUUAUUUUAAAAUUGUUUCACAAACCACAAAUGCAAUAGAAUGUGGAUUUUAACAUUAAAUAUUUGUAAAUUAUUGAACAACAAUUA